CGAAGCCCAUCAAAACACUGAAAACACGCAGCUCACUUUAACCUUACGAAGUCUUUGUUCACUAAAUGAGAAAGUUAAGGAGAGGGUUUCACCUUUCCAAAAGGAAAUGACUUGGAAGAUAAUGUGUCUGAUGUUUAUGCAAAUUCAGCGGCAUUCUUAUCAGUCGAAGAUAUUACCGCAACUUCUCUGAUUGGUCACAACAUUUCGUCGAGAAAUGGACCCAAUGGGUUAGAGUGGUCUUUAACGCCGGUUGGUGGGCUAAAAAGUAGUGCGUGGGUAAUACAAGGUAGACCUACGCCUCGGGAUGUUGCACCAAACCCUCUCGCUCGCCUUGGCCUUGAGCUUUUGGCUCCUGCUGGCUUCAACUGUUCACAUUUCUGAGGAGUCCUUCUUCUUCGUUCAGAAGCACCCCCAAGAACAUUUCUGUGAGGCAGACUUUGUUCUGGUUGGCAAAGUGCUGAGCAAAACGACGUCCAGUUUGUCACUCGAAAACUACCAUCGUGUCAACGAACUGUUGGAGCUCCGCCCACCUCCCAACGAAACCAUCGUCCUUUCGGUCUACGUCAAACGUGUGUUCAAGGGGCACGCCUUUGCUAAGGAAGGUAACACUGUGGUCCUGGUUACCAGCCGAAUUAAAACGGACUUGGAGGUGGUGAAACGACGGUCUUACAUCUUCACAGGUUUCGUCCACUUGGCUAACGUACCAAAUGAUUAUGGCCAUUGUUCCAGCUUGCUGGAAACUGGUCGACACGUCUUUGUGGAAAACCAUCUCAAUUUCAUGUGGGGCUGCUCCUGGUUCCAGCAUCGCUCACUCUUAACAAUAAAACAAAAGCAAGGUCUGCUGGGAAUGUAUGCAAGAAGCUGUGAUUGCAAGAUCGUCAAAUGCCAUGGCCGCCGUAACGACCCGCGGAGAUACUGCUUUGGCGAUGUAAAGAGGGCGCUCUUUGGUGAUGGCUGCGUGUUGCAUCACGAGAACCAGUUUCAGGUGGUGCGGCUGAUGACGUGUUCCCGCCAUUGUGGUGGCCGCGAUGACGCCUGCAGAUGGGUCACGUGCCCGUUGACGAGAAACCAACGUCCUCAGGGCCAAACCCCAACGGAUGGUAGCAGUAUUGAGCCUGUGUCUACAACCUCCAGCCCAAAUGCAACAGUUGGCAAUUUGAGUUGAAGCUGACUAGCUCAACAUUCUUCGC